AUGAUGGUGCUCCGGCGGCUCCUGAGGAAGCGCUGGGUGCUGGGUGUCGUCUUUGGACUGUCGCUCAUCUACUUCCUCACCAGCACGCUGAAACAUGAAGAGCGCACUAUAGGGGACCGCGCCCUCCUGGAGGUGAGGGACUCCGAGCAUCGCAUCCCGUGGAAGGUGCGCUUCAACCUGGGCAACAGCAGCCGGCAGAUGGGCAGAUGUCGGAACUCCAUCCAGGGCAAGACGCUGCUCACGGACGAGCUGGGUUAUGUGUGCGAGCGCAAAGACUUGCUGGUGAACAGCUGCUGCAACGUCAACGCUCCGCGAACGAGGCAGCACGUCUGCAAAAGCUGCCUGGCCAGUGGCUGCUGCAGCGUUUAUGAGUACUGCGUGUCCUGUUGCCUCCGGCCAGAUAAGCAAGCUCUCCUGGAACGCUUUCUGAACCGUGCUGCCGAAGGCUUCCAGAACCUGUUCACUGCUGUGGAGGAUGUCUUUGAGCUGUGCUUGGCCAAGUGUCGCACCUCCUCCCAAAGCGUUCAGCACGAGAACACCUACCGAAACCCUCAAGCCAAGUACUGCUACGGAGAGAGUCCGCCGGAACUCUUUCCCAUCUGA